AUGUGGGAUGAUUAAUUGAUGGAUGAAGAAGAGCUAGAGUUGCUCUCAUUUUGCUAUUUUUUUUUAGGCGUUCUUUUGCCAGGAUUUUGGGGAUACUUAUUUAUAGAAUAUUCACUUGACCCUUUGCGUUAUAAUGGUCAGUAGGAAAAUUGCCAAAUAUUAGUAAAUUGGGGACUAGUAGCGGGAACUGUCUUCCUUAUUCAUGCAUGUUUUUACAUGAUUAUGAGUACUUUAGCUUGUCUUGGAGCCAGAAAUUCCUGGUAUACUAAAUUUAUUAAAGUUGCUACUUUUGAAGAUAAUUAUUGGAGAUCAUUUGUGCUAACUUUCUCCCUUCUAGGUAUAUUUGGUAUGCUAGGAGUUCUUAAUAAGUAAUUUGAGGAUUAGUUCCUUCUUUGCGGAGAUUUAUAUAAAUUAUCAGAGAUGUUUUAUUAUGUAUUCUUUUCCAUAGUGGCAUCUUUUGCUAUUAUAGCUUGCUUAAUUUAAUGCUCAUAUGAAAAUAAUAUGUUUGAAGAAGAAGAUGAGUAAGAAGUUUUAAAUGCUCGUAGAGCAUAGAGAAGACGUCGUCGUCAAUAAUAAAAUAAUAGAAAUAAUAGAAAUAUACUUCCACCAAAUAUGGCACCAUAAAAUCAAAUUUAAUAUUAAAAUUAAGAAGAAGAGGAAGAUGAGUAUCAAUAUAACCCUUAGGAUUUUGAUAGUGACUAAGAAUAACAUUAAGCUUAAGUACGUUAAGAUGAAGAUCAUGAAAAUCUAUUAUGA